AUGAGCGGCGCGGAAGGCACGGAGAGCAGCCCCGAGGCCCCGGACGACGGCGUCCCGGGAGGCGCAGCGCCGCAGGUGACGGCGGGGCCGGGUGAGGGCCCCCGGGAGUCCUCGGCGUCCCCGGCGCCCGGGCCCGCGGAGGAGGGCGGCGAGCCACGGUCGGCCGCUAACCGCGGCCCUCCAGCCCAGCGCCCCGACGGCGCCCGUGCCCUGGUGUUUCCCGACGGCCAGGGCUCCGGGUCUGAGGUGACGACCGGGCCGGAUCCGGAGUCAGCGGCGGGAAGGAAGUCCGAGGAGGCGGCGAUGGAGGUGGAGCCGAAGCCGGUGGGUGUAGAAAUGGACGUGGUGGAGGGCGAGGCGGCAGGGCCGUGGCGCCUGAGCUGGGAUCUCCGCAUGAACCCCCUGGAGGCCAUCCAAGUGGAACUGGACACAGUGAACGCCCAGGCGGACAGGGCCUUCCAACAGCUGGAACAGAAGUUCGGUCGGAUGCGUCGACACUACCUGGAGCGGAGGAACUACAUCAUUCAAAACAUCCCCGGCUUCUGGAUGACUGCCUUUCGGAACCACCCCCAGUUGGCCGCCAUGAUUAGGGGUCGGGAUGCAGAGAUGUUAAGGUACAUAACCAAUUUGGAGGUGAAGGAACUCAGACACCCUCGAGCUGGCUGCAAGUUCAAGUUCUUUUUUCGUAGAAACCCUUACUUCAGAAACAAGCUGAUCGUCAAGGAAUACGAAGUCCGAUCCUCUGGCCGAGUGGUGUCUCUUUCCACUCCGAUCAUAUGGCGCAGGGGACAUGAACCUCAGUCCUUCAUUCGCAGAAACCAAGACCUCAUCUGUAGCUUCUUCACCUGGUUUUCAGACCACAGUCUUCCAGAAUCCGACAGAAUUGCGGAGAUUAUCAAAGAGGACCUGUGGCCAAAUCCACUGCAGUACUACUUGUUACGUGAAGGAGUCCGUAGACCCAGACGUCGGCCAAUAAGGGAGCCAGUGGAGAUUCCUAGACCCUUUGGGUUCCAGUCAGGUUAACCUUUGCUAUCUGGGAAACUGCUGCGGAGCCCCUCCUACAUUGCUUGGGCAAGGGCAGUGGGCGUGACUCCCCCAUCCCCUUAACCUUUCUGCCUCCUGUUUGCUAAGGACUUAGCUCAGCUCUCUCAAGAUAGAGACUGUACAUGCUUCUCCCACUUUCACAUGGCCUUCAUGCUGGCAGAUCUGUACAAGUGUCAAACGCUGCAUGACAUGGUUCAUACCACCGUCUAGACUAAGCAAAUGAUAGGCAUGGCACUGUCUUUUACACUGUUUGAACCAUUUUUCUCAUAGUCUGGCUGCAAUUAUCUGGAUUUCUAACUUGGUCUAAGGGCCCCAUUUCUACUCCUGCUCUGCAUCUGAUAGUAUGGGCACAAGGUUUGUGGACAGUUACUGGGCAUUAAUGAUGUCAAGAGAAAACAACUGAGCUACUUUCAGUAUGAUUCUUGUCAGUACACGACUUCCUGCACUCCUGGUUACCUUCUAAUGUCCCAUUGGCUGUUGUUUUGGUCCUUUGUUCCUACUCCUCCUCUCUUGUGUGUUUUUAGAUAACGUUAGUUCAGAAACAGCUAUAAAGGCAGCCUUUUUAGUGUAUUUUGAUUGUAUUUCCAAAGGAUAUUUGUAAUUUAGACUGUAGAGUUGAUUGCCCCUUCUGCAAAUGAUAUCUACCUUAUAAUGGAAGUAAAGAGUGCCCUAAGCAGGGGAAAUGGGACUGAAAAGGCUAAAGGCAGAAAUGCAACAGAUAAGAUAAACAUAGGGCUGAAAAUGAAGAUUGAGCUUGAAGUCUUAGUCUGUAAUGGCAAUUGAGGGAGAAGUGUUUCCUCAUAAUUGCAGUAGAAAAAUUGGUGGGUAUUUGAAGUGCAAAUUUGGGAUUUUUCUUCUCUUUAUAUGUGACAUGUAUAUGGGAGAUUAAUAUUGUGCCCUUAUUGCACUGAUAUUUAGGAAAAUAUUUGUAGUUUCUUACUGGGGGAAUUUCAUUUGCUUUCACUUGGGAACAUUUGGAAGAAUAACAGUCUUUUCUGUGUGUUAUUGAGACUAAGGUGAAUAUUUAUGACAGGUUUCAACUAGUUUUUGUUAAACCAAACACUUAAACAUAGUUUAGAUAACUUGGUCUUUAUCAGAUAUGUUAAAUUGUCUUCAUGAAAAAAUAACAACACAAAUGUGGCUUAAUUGAUUGCCUUGAUAGUUUGCUCAGGUAACAAUGUAGUAAUGCAUAUGCCUCUUCAUAAAUUGUGCAAUACUUAUAAGAUUACUCUGCCAAAUUAGAAGUGUGUACUGUUGGCAUGGUUGUCUUCCUUUAUAUGCAUGAUGGGAAAUAAAGCAUGCCAUUCAGCUA